CUUAUUAAAUAGUUACACAAAAUAAUGGCGGCAAGUGCUCCAUCUUAUGCUCAUAUGCUACCUGGAUAUGGCGUUAUUGUCUCUCGAUUUGAUAGGCCAACUGGGCAAGCCCAGUCGGUCAACUUCGAUGCCAUCAGAGAGUCAGCCAGGAAUGAAUGGCUCAGUCAUUACGAAUCCUUCAAUCUCCCUGAAGCUCCGCCCUUAACCGAGACUUCCUAUACGGCCCAGUACGCGCCAAAGAAAAGAUUCUCCCCUCAUAAAUUUUCUUGGGACGAGGAGCGAACGAACAAGCCACAUCCCUCUGAGGUGUUUCUUUGUACUCAUUUGAAGACUUUGCCGGGAUUCUACAAGCGAAACACGGCUAGUGUCAAGAAUACUCCUGGAUUUAAAGAUGCGCAUGUUGCAAAAGCAUCGUCGGCUCGGCCUUACAAAGUAGACGGAAGCACUGAGUUGAUGUUUGCGGAACAAUUGAAGCGUAUGCAGCAGAAAGAAAAGCCUGUAGCCGUGGGCGGAGAUGACAAGACUUUGAAUUCAUUCAUGAAAAACGAACCAAUAUAUCGUUCAUUGGAUCCCCAGACGGCUCAAGCAACGGAAGCAUGGCUGAAGAUGGCCAAGCCUGAAGAUGGUGAAGCUGUGCAAGAAAUGUUGGAGUACGUGGUAAAAAAAGAUCAGGCUGGAAAGAUGGUUCAGAACAUCGCGAAGCCGGAAGUUCAGAGUAAAAUUCAGAAUUGGCUGAAAUCCGCUGACCGAGAAAAGGUGGAUGCAGCGCACAAGCUGUUUGCGGCAUUGGAAAGUGGAAAGUUGAUUGACAGAAAAUCAUCCACUGCAUUCCGAUACAGUCCCACAGUGUACAAGUAUGAGCGACUGAAUUUCAAGCCCAAGCCCAGGGAGUACAAGCUGCACCCAAGUCUAAUCGACAGGGACUACCCUCCGCCCAUCAGAACUGGAUCAAAAUAGGGACCAACUGGAUACCAAAUGUCACGGAACUCUAAAAGUCCUCUAUCACUUGUAAAAAGCUUGUAAAAAACAAGGGCUCUGCCUGCUUAGAUUUCAUCAAAUGAACUGCAUCUAUCAUUCGGCGUAACGCGCAAGAUCAUGUUGAUCAGAUUAUCAGUUGCAAAUAUUGAAUUUAAAUUGUAAAUAUGUGUCAAAUUGUAAAUAUGUGUAAAUAGUCAAACAAAUUCUUGGAAAAAACAACUGCCUGCGAAAUCCGUAGCUAAAGAUUGUAAAUACCGGGGAACAACUCGGUUUAAAUAGAAUAGUGUUGAGCUUCUGAAACUAAUAUAUUAAAACUUUUUUGUUCUCGAAA